UUUGUGAUAAUUGAAUUAGUGCAAUAAUACGAGCGCAAGCGGAAGGUGCAGGAAAAGAGCUGCGCAUGUCGCCAUAGCACGUGUUCCCACCACCCGCAGAAACGCAACGACAACGGUCGAUCCACGGUCUCGGCAUUCUCGGUAGCACCAGUAGCAGAAGGAAGAAUUCCAAACCGAACCAAAAAAGGCCGUUUGCAGGUCCUUAUCUAGUCGCGUUCUGCCGGUUCUGUUGAUCGUGCGUGUGUUGUGCGCCUUUUAACGUUCGACGAUUCUCGACGGGACGGGCACGCAUGCUCUAGCGGCUCUUUCACCUAAAUCCCUGUAGCGUGGCAUCGGUCUCUCUCCCGGGGAGGCGUCGGCGGAGCAAGCGGAAGAGCAAUCGCAACCUAGGUUUGAGGGACAAAAAGGAUCGAACGCACCCCCAGGCGCGUCCCUAAACCUCGGUCAGCAUGGAGUGCUGUUUGUCAGAGGAAGCCAAAGAGCAAAAGCGCAUCAAUCAGGAGAUUGAGCGGCAGUUGCGACGAGACAAGCGGGAUGCACGGCGGGAGUUGAAGCUUUUACUGCUAGGUACUGGUGAAUCGGGUAAAUCAACAUUCAUCAAGCAGAUGCGUAUUAUCCACGGUAGUGGUUAUUCGGACGAGGACAAACGAGGAUUCAUCAAACUAGUAUACCAAAAUAUUUUCAUGGCAAUGCAGUCCAUGAUACGGGCGAUGGAUCUACUGAAGAUAUUGUACAGCGAUCCAGCGAACAUCGAGCACGCCGAGCUAAUACGAAGUGUCGAUUUCGAGACAGUAACCACAUUCGAACCACCAUACGUUCAAGCAAUCAAAGAUUUGUGGGCCGAUGCGGGCAUUCAAGAAUGUUACGACCGAAGGAGAGAGUAUCAGCUAACAGAUUCCGCCAAAUACUACUUGAGCGAUUUGGCACGUAUCGAAAAAGAAGACUUUCUCCCGACUGAACAAGACAUUCUAAGAGCUAGGGCACCGACAACGGGCAUUUUAGAGUAUCCAUUUGAUUUGGAUAGCAUCAUCUUUAGGAUGGUUGACGUAGGCGGGCAAAGAUCUGAAAGAAGAAAAUGGAUCCACUGUUUUGAGAAUGUUACAUCAAUCAUCUUUUUGGUUGCACUGUCUGAGUACGAUCAGAUUCUAUUCGAAUCCGAAAACGAGAAUCGAAUGGAAGAAUCAAAAGCUUUAUUUAAGACCAUCAUUACAUACCCAUGGUUCCAACACUCAUCGGUGAUUCUGUUCUUGAACAAAAAAGAUUUGCUGGAGGAAAAGAUUAUGUAUUCGCAUUUAGUGGAUUACUUCCCCGAGUACGAUGGACCACAAAGAGAUGCAAUAGCUGCCAGAGAAUUUAUACUUCGCAUGUUUGUAGACUUAAAUCCAGAUUCGGAGAAAAUAAUUUAUUCACAUUUCACGUGUGCAACAGAUACGGAAAAUAUCCGGUUUGUGUUUGCCGCCGUUAAGGACACGAUACUGCAGUCCAACCUAAAGGAGUACAAUCUGGUUUGAGCACGGGUGGUAAAAGUGCUUGCUUGCCAUUAGCAUCUGCAUUUCGGUAUCGACUAAAUCAGAAACAUAAUGGUGAACGUUGUUGGCGAUGAUCUCGUUAACGUCAAAGAUGUGGUAUCAUUUCUUGUAUUCGGUGCCAUUCUUCUGGAAACACUGCAUUCAUCGUUACCAGCAAACCACCAUUUACAUCUAUUUGCGGAAACAUGAAAGCAGCCAACUAAACACGAAUCCUCUGAACAGCAGCACAGAGUGCUAGAACCAACCUGAGUUUGAAAUUCAAUAGCAUCGCUUGAACGGUUUAUCGUCUUUGGCCAUCAUCAUCAAUAUCAUCAUUGCUGUCACGAUCAUUGUUAGUCACAUCACAACCGCAGCGAAAGCGGUGGCUGCAAGCGACGACGCUCCAUCACGAAAUUCGGAUCACAUUAGUUACAGCGAUGGUAAUUAGGAUUGUGUGAGUUCCAUCGACUUGUUGGCCACAGCAGUCAUCAUUUUAUUGUACGACGCAUAACUUCAUUGUAAGCUCUGUCAGUCCUGUGUCAAUAAGCAAGUGCGCCUUUUAGAUGAGGAUUUACGUUAGCCGAUGGCUACUCUACUAACGAUCAUUUAAUCGGUAUCGUUGCUUCGAUGUUUGCUUUACUGCUUAUAUUCAACUAAAGUAAAAUUUAUGCCGUCAUAAACCCG